AUGGCGUGUCCUCACCUUGACUCCCUGACUCUCAGGCCCCCCACCGCCGCCCAGUCCGUCUACCGAGAGGACUGCACGCAAUGUUUCGACUCGAUCGAUGACGCCGCCGGCCUCGACGUCUGCCUGCAGUGCUUCAACGGCGGCUGUGCCGGUGAACGCAACCACGCCUCGCUGCAUCGUGCCUUGUGGAGCCACCCGCUCGUGCUCAACAUCCGUCGAUCGCGCAAGGUCGUUGUGCGGGACGAGCCUCCCUUCAAAAUGUCCAAGCUCGCCAUCGCCGCCGAGACGGACGAGGACAGGUACGACACGAAGACGACCGUCAGGUGCCUCGAAUGCAGCACCGAGCUUGACCAGACGAGCGAAAAGCUGGCGCCCGUUGUCGAGGGCAUCCUCAAGGCGAACACCUUUUCGCGGAAGGAGGAGGUCAAGGCCUGGGAGCAGGAGCUCACGAGCUGUGAACACAUCCUUCUGCUCCAGCAGUCUGAGGGCCGGACCAUCGAGCCCGCGGGCCUCGGUCACUGCUCGAGUUGCGAUCUGAAGGAGAAUCUCUGGCUCUGUCUCGAGUGCGGUGCGCUCGGCUGCGGCAGAAAGCAGAUGGGCGGCGUGGACGGCAACUCACACGCCCUGGCGCACGCAACCGACUCUGGUCACGGCGUUGCGGUGAAGCUGGGCUCCAUCACGCCCGAGGGCACCGCUGAUGUCUACUGCUACAAGUGCGACGACGAGAGGAUCGACAGCGAUCUCAACCAGCACUUGGCGCACUGGGGCAUCAUCCUGGCCGAGCAGCAGAAGACGGAGAAGAGCUUGACGGAAAUGCAAAUUGAGCAGAACCUGAAGUGGGAUUUCAGCAUGACCAACGAGGACGGCCAGGAGCUGAAGCCUUUGACCGGUCCGAGCCUUACGGGUCUGAAGAAUCUGGGAAAUUUUUUGCUACCUGGCGAGUAUCAUCUUGGUGCGGGGGUUGAUAUGCCGUCGUUCAAGACGCGCUACUUCCAACCCAACCUCGACCUGCCCGUCGUCGAAGACCCCGCAGCCGACUUCGAUACACAAUUGCGCAAGAUUGGCCGACGGCCUACACUCUGGGCCGUUACUCCAAGCCCGACCCCCGAAAGCGCCCCGUGUCGGGACGAGACACCCCACCUCACUUACCUAAAGGGGGCGCCGCCGCCGGCGGCGACACGGCGGAUCCCGAGAAGAUUGAGAUGCUUCGGCGCCAUGGGCUUCGGCGCGCCCCAGGCCAAGAAGGCGCUGCGCGAGACGAGCGGAGACGUCGAGCGGGCCGUGGAGUGGCUGUUCAGCCACCCCGACGACCAGGGCACCUUUGACGACGAGGCUGCCGCGCCUGCGGCGGAGAGCGCCAAGCCGGCCGAGCCUGCGGGCAGCGCUGCCGUGCCGGCGAAUUUCCAGCUGCAGUCGAUUGUGUGCCACAAGGGCACGAGCAUCCACGCUGGUCAUUACGUCGCCUUCAUCCGGCAGGCGGGCGAUCACCCGUCGUGGGUGCUCUUCAACGACGAAAAGGUGGUCGAGGCAGGCGAGGUCGAGGAGAUGCGCAAGUUUGCGUACGUCUACUUCUUCAAGAGGGUGUAG